AUGGCUGAGUAUGAAGGAUGCAUCAUGGGUCCAAAGAUAGCUAUCGAUAAGGAUAUUCAAGAGUUGCUGGUAAUCAGAGAUUCAGAUUUACCGAUUCAUCAGAUUCAAGGGGAAUGGACCGUGAAGAAUUCGAAGAUUGCACCGUACAUGAAGUUAGUGCAAAUGUUGUGUAAAAGGUUCCGCAAGAUCGAGUUUAGUUACAUUGACCCUGUGGAGAUAUAUUUGAAAGAACUACUCGCUCACUGUUCACAUGUUGAAGCAGAACCAGAUAGGAUACCUUGGUAUUUUGACAUAAAAAAGUAUCUAGAAACCAGAACUUAUCAAGAUAAUGCGACUUUCAAUCAGAAGAAAGCAAUACGUCGAAUGGCUAAUAAUUUCUUUCCAAGUGGAGAAACCCUUUAUAGGAGAACUCCAGAUAUGGGACUUCUCAGAUAUAUUGAUGCCGUUGAAACUAUGAAGCUUCUCAAACAGAUUCAUGCAGGAGUUUAUGGAACUCAUAUGAAUGGGCUUACCUUAGCGAAGAAGAUCUUUCGAUCCGGCUAUUUUUAG